UCUAAGUUCUACGUUCGGUUUCGUUUCGUUGUGAUUUUGUUCGUUGUCGGUCGUUUGUUGAAAUUUCGAGCUUUUAAGACUAAUUUUUCUGUUUAUUUUAUAAUUUCAGUCAUUUAAAUAUUUAUAUUAUUCUCAUAAAGUAUAAAAGUGUCAGUUAAUUGCUCGAGCAUUCAAUUCACUUUUCUUCGAUUAGUGCUUGCAGCAGCUUUCCAAUGGAGCUGCAGGCAUUGCUAGUGCUAUGUGGAAUUGGUUUGGUGGGCGCUGCUGUCCUGCUCCUGAUGGGACUCUUCUCUACCUCUGGAACCAGCUAUGAAGAAGCUAUAGCUCAGCAACGUAGAGCAACCAGUGAACUGCUAGCUCUAGCAGAAAAUAAGAAUAAGUCUAAGAAGACCAGUAAGAAGGCUAAUAAAAAGCUAGCGAAGAAAGAAAAAAAAGAAAUUGUAACAGCAGCAACAGGAAGUGAGCCUGAAAGUGAGGCACCAGCUGAAAGUGGUGUUGAAGAUGAUUCUGUCCCAUCGAAGCCUCAUGUUGAGUUCAACCCAGAUGUAGUUAUUGAAAAUCCCACUGAUAAUCCACUUAACAUCGCGAUGAAGAUUCGCAAACGCGGCAAGGAUCCUAAAGUUAAGCCGAUAUUAAUAAAUAAAGAGGAUCCGAGUUGCGUUAGCGAUCCCAGCACGGCGGCCACUCCCAACGCUGAAGUCUCUAACCAUUUUGAGGAAAUGCAUCCCAAGGAUGAGUUCGAGUUGUUGCAAUCGUCAUUAGAAAAAGUAGCAGAAAAAAACGAAGCGAAAAAAGAAGAAAUAAUAGAGAAAAAGGAAGGCAAAGCGCCCAAGCAAUCGAAAGGCACAAAGGCUACACCGAAGCAAACUACAUCAGAGCCUGCUAAGGAAGAACCUGCUUCUGAAAAGCAAAACAUUGGCGAAGUACCUCUUGAACAACGCAAAGGGAAAAAGAGUGAGAAGAAGAUAGUUCCAGAGACGUUGGAUAUAGUAGAGGAAGUUGUCCCGCCGCUGAAUGCACCGCAACCGAACGAACUGACCACCGACAAGUUGUUACGGCAGGCGCUGCCGCCCGCACCGGCGCCCGUGCCUUCCCCACCUGCAAAGUCCAAGAAAAAGAAGACUGACCAGGACUUGCUCACACUAAUGGCUAAUGAAGGUAGCGGAGUAGCCUUUACAGAGCUCAUUCGCGUAGUUCGUCAGGCGACUCUCUCGAACGAUGAGAAACAGAUUCUGACCGACGCGCUUUUUAACCACGAACAUCUGCCCGCACACUCUGAAUGGACUGAGGGUCCAAAUGAUCCAAUGCAAAAGUUGAAGAAACAAUUAGCUGACAAAGAAAAAGCAUUAGCUGAUGAAUUAGAAGCCUCUAAGGCCCUGAAAGCAAAAGUUCAAGAGCUCCGUGCAAAUUUGAACGCGGAACGCGCAGCCGGGUCGACCGCUCGCGCCGAGCAACACACACAGCAGACACGCCUUCAGCGCCUUCUAGAGGAGCACCACUCGAUUUCUCAGGAAAAGAAAACGCUUAUAGCUCAACUAAGUGAACUCGAAGCUCAAAUUGCGCGAAUGGAUUUGAUUAUGCAAAGGCUUUCGGAGUCGGAGGUGGGCCUGCGUGCGGAGCUAGCGGCGCGCAUUGUGGAGGCGGGGCAGGCCCGUGAGGAAGCCGUCCUCGCGCACCAAAACAACGCAGACCUGACGCAGCGGCUACAGGAGGCUAACCUCGUGAUUGCAGACCUGGAGCAACAACGACAGUUCGCCGUGCAUGCAGAGCAGUUAGCACAGGCGCGCCUGGCGGGUUUCAAUGAACUUCAGAACGAUAUGCAACGUUUGACGGCUAAAGCGCAGGCUGCUGAAACUAACGCUGAAACACUUAAAAAUGAAAUGGAAAAACAAAAGGAAGAGUUCACGAAGGAGAUCACAUCACUCCAAGAACAGUUGGCCGAACGAGAGACGGAACUCGCUGAAUUGAAGCAGUUGAAAGCGGCACCCGAACAAAACGGACUGCCUCCGAAUAGCGUUAAUGAUGAGCAAAAGGCAGCAGAGCUGGCUAUGGUAGAAAGCACCGUGGAAUCUCUACGGAACGACCUCAUCUCUGCACAGGAGAGCAUCUCAGAGCAGAAGAAACAAGUCGCCAGUCUUCAAGAACAAAUUGCACAGUACCGGGACAAGAACAAUGAGUUGCGAACUAAAAACUGGAAGGUAGUGGAGGCGUUACAAACCGCCGAAAAGGCUCUCACGACAAGAGUGGUGCCCGCGAUGCCGGCCAGAGACGCGCUAGCUGAGGCUGUAGUGAAAGCUCAGGAACAACAUUUCGCAGAAGUAGCGAAUGUUCUACGUGCCGUGUGUCCAACUGCGGCGCCGAAUUCAUCAACAGGACAAGAAUGGUUACAAGCUUUUGCUGAAAAUCUCAAAAAGGAACUUACAAGGAAAGAAACCGAGAAACAACAAGUUGAAAAAGACCUCGCAUCAAAACUGUUAGAAAAAGACAACGCGAGGAAGCAAAUCGAAAUUGAAAUGCAGAAAAAACUACAAGAAAAGGAACUGGCGCUUAAAGAAAUUGAAACCAAAAUGCAACAACAGAUACAAGAUAAAGAGUUAGCGUGUAAGUUAAAUGCAAGUGAAUUACAAAAGAAGUUGCAAGAUGAAUUAACUGCGAAGGAAAAAUCAGAGCGUGAAUUAUUACAAAAACUACAAGAGGAAUUGAGUUUAAAAGAAAAACUAGCAAGUGAAUUACAAAAGAAAGAAGUUCACAUUCAACAACCUAUUAUAGAUGACUCACGAGUUAAAGAUUUGGAAAGCCAAAAUGUAUAUCUACAAGAACAAGUUAAGAAGUACAAAAGCAUCAUUGAUGACACUGAGGACGUGUUAAGCAGACUGCAGCAGAAAGUUUCGCGAGAAGAGGCGCGCUGGCAGACAGAGCUAGAAAACAGGCAGAGCGAUCUCGAGUCGAUGAGGCAGCGUGCCGUUCAGCAGAUGCAAAACAAAAUAGAUUCACUGCAAGCAGAAUUACAGAGGUUACAAACAAAAAAUAACAGUCACAGCUUCGCGGAUGCAGAAAGAAUUGUUGAGGAAAAGUUAAUGGCGGGGUGCGCGUCCAAUCACGAAACAGAAGUACACAAUGGACCACUUCAGUAACAUAAAAUUAAGAGAAAUUCAAAAUGGAAAGUACAACGCAGUUUAAGGCUGGAAAUAACCGUCACGUCGCGCAACGUCGCGUCCUCUUAUUCACUGCCGCAAGUUUAUUAAGGUACACUACCACCUGGGUGUCCCCUUAUGUGUGGAAUCAUUUGAUUACAGAUUUAUAAUUUCGAGGUUUUAUACCGUUUUAUAUUAAUAAACAUUUAUUUCUAAUAUAAUCAAAAUCGAAAUAAUUAUCUGGUUAUAUUAAUUAUGUCUGAUAUAAUUUAGUUUAAAUUUAAAAAAAAAAGUCACUUGACUUAAAAUCAAGUUAUUUAUAACAAAAUUUGUGCAAUUUGUGUAUAUUUCAUUAUGCAUUGAUAUUUAAAAAGUUAAAAUAUCUCCUAAAGUGGACACCAGUGUAAAGUGAACCCAGCUUUAUAAGAGAUGUAUACAACCUGAAUAACUAUUGCUAUUGGGCUUUCCGAUUUCCAAAAAAAAGUUAUAAACAACAACAAUAUGAUUCGUUAAUAAUAUUAAUUACAAAGGAGGAUGGACAAAAAUGUAUGGGACUGAUCACAAAUAUUAAGAGAUAAAUAUCAUAGGAAAGAUACUGUUAUGCAUAUACAUUGUUACUAUGUGGGCAACUCCUAAACAGCUGUUUAAAAUUGUUUUUUUUUUUUUUAACAAAAGUGUAAGUUUUCGUAUUUUUUUGGUAAUAUGCUCCUAGGACCAUAAGGUAUGACAAUAGGUUGUUUUCUUCUUCAUAUAUCAUAUCAGAGGCAGGGCAGGUUAUGGUGGAGCAAUAAUAUUUUACGAGAAGCCCUUCGUUUUAGUUUAUUUGUAAUUGUAAUACAUGAUUAUUUUAAAUAUCAUCACAUUAUAUCGCCAUAUAAUAUAAGAAAUCCUUUCUUUUUGCUAAUAAAAUACAGGGUUAAUUUUCGCCGGCCGUUAAUAUUUUAAAGAUUAAGACAUAAAUAUUUAUUAUCAUUACAUAAAGUAUAGUAGUUUUGAAUUAAAGUCAAAAAGAAAAAAAUCCAAGACUAUCCUAAUUUAUGAAAAGUGAAAUCGCAAAUGUCAAGGAUAUUUGUGUUUUCAUUUUCACCUCGUAAGUUACGUAGUGGAAGUUUAUCAAUUGCAGUAGGUGUGUAUUAUUAAUUUUAUAAACCUUUAAAAUUAAACAUGUUCUUUUAAUUCAAUUCGAUAUUAAGAACGAUUUAUGGAGUUGAACGAAAAUUAAUCUUGUAUAAUAUUAUUUAUACUUUUAAUAAAAUACUAGAUAGGUUUUGUUCACUUUUGUACCAUGUGUAAUAGAAACCAUACUUACUCAUAUUUUACAAUCGCCGUGUUUACGUUAGUUGACAAAUUAAUUUUCUUAUAGUUUUAUUGAAUUAAUAAUUAAGGAAGUAAAAUAUCAUUAAAACACUUAUCUAAUAACUAUUUAACAGUGUUCUGUUUAAUCAAAUUUGUAUACGGUUCAUUUAUUGUUUGUGGAAAUUGGAUAGUUGCAAUGUAGUAAAUCGAAAUUAGGAAUAUUUUAGCUGUUAGCAAAAAUAUAACAAAAUAAGAAAAAGGAACAAUGAAAUAAUAAUGACAUAAAAGUUAAUUCCUAGUAGCUAUUAAGGAACAGGUAAGUUUCUGACUGCAUUAGUGCGAUAGUUUAAUUAUAUAAGUAAAGCAGCUUAUGAUAUUUCGUUAUUAUUAUGUAUUCAUUAUCACGUAGCUUCAACAAUGUGAUUGUAAUUUUGAUAGUAUCACAUCGUUGAAUGUUUUGCUACCAGUUUCGUAUUGUACUAAUUGAGUGAGUACGCGAGGGUGGAUUUUUUAUGUGGUAAUUAUUUAAUGUAAUACGACUCGCGAUUUAUAAAAAAUGCAAUACGAGCAAGUUAAUAAGAAGUCCCGGAUACUAUCAAAGCAAAAGAAGUCUUAUUUCCCGUAAUGAUUAUGAAUGUUCAAAUUGAAAAAGGUUUUUUUAAUCGCGUGCCGUUUUUUGUUAUUGUGAUCAUGUAAUCAAUUUUAAUUAUAAGGCGAAUAGUUAAACUAAUUAAUAUUUUUCUAUUUAAAUUACACUGUUGCUUUUUUACUAUAAUAAUUUUAAUGAUUGACAAAUUUAAUUGAUUUGGCUGAUAGGUUGAUAUUUUGGUAUACCGAAUUUAAAAUUGAUUGUGCAUUAUUUUUGAUUUUAGGGAAUGUUAUUUUUUACUGUUCAGAGGUAUAUUAUUUUAUUUAUAACUUUUGUAUUAGUGCUUAAUCAUUUCUGUCAGUGCCUUAGAGUAAGUUUUGAAUUUAAGUAAGCUGACUGUUUAAUUUCUAGUAAAAGGAAAUCAAAUGCAUGUUUAAAAUUAAGCUUAUUAAAAAUAUAUCAAUAUAAUUAAAUGUAAAAUUUUGUAAUCUGUGAAAUAAACGACUAUAUAAAUUGUAUGUGACGUAAUAUGUUGGGUACAAUGUUGUUAAAAAUAUAAAAUAAAAGCAUUUCAAGGGCAAAAAGUAUUCUAAAUAAAACAAAAACUGCAUCAUUCUUUUUUUUAAGAAAAUUACAAAUAUAGAUAAUUUCCUACAAUGUUGUUUUUGUGCAACAAUGUUCAUGAAAUAUGCUUUUGUCGUUUGGUUUACUUGUGGACCGUAAGUUAACAACACGACACAUGUAUCGCACAUUUUAAUAAUAAUUGCCGUGUCAAAUGUCCUGUUAUAAAUUAAAAUAGAAGUAAUAAAAAUAUUUAAUAAUUUUAUAUUAAGUAAGGCGAUUUAUAUGAUAACUCAUAUAUUAGAUAAAGACAUUAUCAAAUAAAGUAUUUCUAUGAUGAA